AUGGAAAACAAGGCAUCCGAACGAGAUGGUGACACGUCUAUUGCAGAAGUCGACUUAAUUAUGAACAAAUUUGGGGCACCUCUGGAGGAUAUAUACAAACUAGCUACAUCUUUUUACCGAGAAAGAAAACAGAGUUGUGAGCUUGUAGUACCAUACGAAAAACGAUUGUUAUUCAUGGCAUAUUCGAAGCAGGUUCGCUAUGGUCCUUAUGAUGCAGCUGCAGAUGAUUCAGGAUGGUUUGACCUUAUUGGCAGCGAUAGAAUGAAGGCUUGGAAGGACUUGGGUAAUUUAAGUACUUCUGACGCAAUGUCGGCAUUUGUCACUCUACUCGACAUUGUUUGCCCACUAUUUCGUGAUUUUGUCAAUGAACAGUUACAGUCACAAGCAAAUCUCAAAAGUGAAGAUCAUCUUGAUCACCAGCAGAAUAAUGUUCAAUCUGAUGUCUUUCAAGCAGUGAAUGAUAUGGAAAGAUUUGAAGCACAGCGACAGCAAAUUCAGGAAGCUCUCAAUCGUCAAACAUAUCAUCAAUUUCGAGCAUACGCUCAACAGCAAUUUGUAGGCGACCCUAUUCAGCAGUUUAAAUUUCUCAAAUUUGAAAUGCGGACUUAA